GUCUCAUCAUUUCCGUUUCCUGCUCGCCUCCGGUGCCAUGGCGACCGUGAGGGGACUGAGGCAUCUGCUGACAUGUAGCAGGUGGCGCCGCGGCAGUGGAGAAGCUCCCCAGUCUCGCACGCUCGCUGCCGUCGUUCCGGGCAUAUCCCAGGUCGAUAACAAUUCCGAUUUUCUGGGAAAGACGCCCCAUCGCCGGCACCCCGGCAUCUUGCAGCUGCCAUGCAUAAAGGUGCCGCCAGCACUGGCUGCCGCUGCGCAGUUCCUGCUGCUCGUGAUGCGUUUCAUCUUUGGCCCAUAGAGAGCUCGAUGCCCAAUGUGGAGAAGCAGGUGCAAGCACUGACCAAUUAUCUGUGGAGCCGGCGUUUACCUGUAGAGCCCCAGGAGUUGCAAAGACGGGCUGUCCAUCUUGAGAAGAAAUUCCUGGAAAACCCAGACUUAGGUCAAGUGGAGGAGAAACUUCGUGAAGCUGUGCUGCGAGCCCUGCGCAAAACUACAUACCAUUGGCAAGAACUGAGCUACAAUGAGAGCCUGAGCCUGGUAUAUAUGGCCGCAAGACUGGAUGGUGGCUUUGCAGCAGUCUCCAGGGCAUUCCAUGAGAUCCAGGCUCGAGUUCCAGAGUUCCAGCCUCAAACCUUAAUGGAUUUUGGCUCGGGUACUGGUUCUGUCACUUGGGCUGCUCAUAGUGCCUGGGGCCAGAGCCUACGUGAAUAUUUGUGUGUGGACAGCUCAGCUGCUAUGUUGGUUUUGGCAGAAAAGUUACUGAAAGGUGGUUCAGAAUCUGGGGAGCCUUAUGUUCCAGGUGUCUUCUUCAGACAGUUUCUACCUGUAUCACCCAAGGUACAAUUCGAUGUGGUGGUAUCAGCCUUCUCCUUAAGUGAGCUUCCCAGCAAGGCUGACCGCACUGAACUAGUCCAAACCCUAUGGCGCAAGACAAGUCAUUUUCUGGUAUUGGUAGAGAAUGGAACAAAAGCUGGGCACUCCCUUCUUAUGGAUGCCAGGGACCUCGUCCUUAAGGGAAAAGAGAAGUCACCUUUGGACCCUCGACCUGGCUUUGUCUUUGCCCCAUGUCCACAUGAACUUCCCUGUCCCCAGUUGACAGCCUCUAAGCCCCUGGCCUGUAGCUUUUCUCAAGCUUACCACUGCAUCCCCUUCAGCUGGAACAAGAAGAAGCAAAAAGAGGAAAAGUUCUCAAUGGUAAUUCUUGCCCGGGGGUCUCCAGAGGAGGCUAAUCGCUGGCCCCGUAUCACUCAGCCUGUCCUUAAACGGCCACGCCAUGUGCAUUGUCACCUGUGCUGUCCAGAUGGACAUAUGCAGCAUGCUGUGAUCACAGCCCGCCAGUAUGGCAGGGAUUUGUAUCGUUGUGCUCGAGUCAGCUCCUGGGGAGAUCUUUUACCUGUGAUCACACCUUCAGAGUCGGAGCUUCCUCUGUCCCCUGCUGACGACAAGGAUUUUCUUACUUAGGCCUGCCAAGGCUGAAGCUCCCUGGUAUCCAGGGUGGGAGUGCUGGCAGCCCUAUGUAUGUUUGCUUGAGGCUUUAAUAAUAAUAAAAAGUUUUCAAAGAGUAGAAA